AUGUCGGGUCCCAAAUUUCAGCGACUCUUGCGUUUUCGAAGUGAGAGUGGCAACAUUCACUUUGUAGAGGUUCCCGAGAAUCAUCCUUGGGAGAAGGAAUUGAUCGGCACUGAAGUUUUCAUCUACUAUGGGAACUCUCCUUUAGAUAGAAACUUGAUCCUCAGCGACCGGAAAGCAAUUGUGAAAGAAGUUCUCGCUCCUUUUGCCGAUGUCCCCUUCAUCUAUGGCGUUGGUUUGAAUUUCAGGAAACAUGUGGAAGAGUCUGGCGUGAACGCAUUGGCCGGUCCAUACGAGGAUAUCCAUGUCCACCACACCGCAAAGGAUUUGGAUUACGAAGGUGAACUCAUCGUCGUCAUCGGGAAAGACGUCAAGAACCUACCGAACGAUGCCAACGCUCUCGAUUAUGUUCUGGGGUAUACUAUUGGAAACGACCUCUCUAGUCGAUGGUGGCAGGAGGCAACCAAAGGCGCCCAGUCCAACUACGCUAAGUCAUUUGACCAAUUUGCGCCUUUGGGUCCCGUUCUAGUCUCGACCAAUGUCAUCCCUGACCCCGCGGUACUCACUUUUAGAACGCAUAUGAAUGGCGAAAAAAGACAAGAGUCUGGCAUUGAUGAUUUGAUUUUUGAUGUUUCGGCAAUUGUUUGGUUCUUCAGUCAGGGGCGAACUCUACGCAAGGGCUCCGUGAUCAUGACUGGGACACCGUUUGGGGUCGGAAGCUUUUUGCCUGGUGGACCGAAAUAUUUGAAGGAUGGCGAUGACGUGGAAAUCGAAAUUUCGCAGAUCGGAAAUAUGCGGAAUAAGUUUGUAAUUGAUCAGUGA